AUGGCUCCCAAAUCUGCUGAAAAGAAACCUGCCUCCAAGGCCCCCGCCAAAACCGCCUCCAAGAAGACCGCAUCUUCCUCUGCUGCUCCAGCUACAGAAACCAAAAAGAGAAGCAAAUCCAGAAAGGAGUCCUAUGCUUCCUAUAUCUACAAGGUCUUGAAACAAACACAUCCAGACACUGGUAUGUCCAAAAAGGCCAUGUCCAUUAUGAACUCCUUUGUCAACGAUAUCUUUGAGAGAAUUGCUUCAGAGGCUUCAAAACUAGCUGCUUACAACAAAAAAUCUACUAUUUCUGCUAGAGAAAUCCAAACCGCAGUCAGAUUGAUCUUACCAGGUGAAUUAGCCAAACAUGCUGUCUCUGAAGGUACUAGAGCUGUUACUAAAUAUUCUUCAACUUGA